GCCAGCUGUCACACACCACAGUGCUUUGUUCCGUGCACAGUGCUCUCCAGACACCUAGCCUCAAAUUCCCUAGCAGAACAGACAUGUGGAAAAGAAACAAAGUUUGGCUGAUCAAACCUCCUGCAGAGCACCCCUUGGAGGCAAAGUACAGGCCUUUGCUUGAGAGUUUGGUCCCACCAGACCCCAUGUCUAAGCUUAAGCUAAAAAGAGGCUCCCCCAGAGAGGAGUUCCCCAGUUUGGAUGGCAAUUACACCUGUAUGGCUCGUGUCCUAGACCUGCACAUGUAUACUCGGCAGUUCAAUCGUGCGACUGAGAGUGGGGUCAUCUUUGAUGACAUCAUUCGCCCAGGCCUGGAGGACCCAGGAACACGUACAGGACCCAUGACAGUAGGCUGUUUAGCUGGGGAUGCCCAGUCCUACAUUCUCUUCUGUGAUUUUUUUGACCGUGUUAUUGAAGCCUACCACAGCUACAAGGUGUCGUGUGAUGUUAUGCAAGAGAGUGACUUCAAUUAUGACAACCUGAAGGGAGGCGACGCUUUUGACCCAGCUUAUACAGAAAGUUGUGAGGUGAGUGUUGCUCGCUGUGUGGAGGACUACUGCUUUCCCACGCACUGCAGCCGAGGGGAGAGGAGACAGCUGCUCACACUGGCCAAGAAAGUUCUGGACGAAUUUAGUGAGGAGUUUCCAGGAAAGCUUUACUCUAUAGAUGAUCUCAACCAAGAGACAAAGGAUAAAGGAAUCAUUAUGGAUGGUCCUCCUGCCUCCUUAAUAAAGACUGGUGUGGGUCGCGACUGGCCCGAUGCCCGGGCCUUGUGGGUGAGUGAUGAUGGGACUCUAGCAGUUUGGGUUAACAUGGAGGACCAUCUUAGACUUGUGUCUUCCAGAAACGAUGCCAAUAUCCAGGAGGCAUUUGCAACCAUCUGCAUAGGUUUACUGAAGAUGGAAGCACUGUACAAGAAGCUGAGGCAUCCAUUCAUCUGGAAACCUCAUCUGGGCUGGGUGGUGAGCUCACCCGCAGAGGUGGGGACUGGGCUAAAGGCAAGCGUUACAAUCAAGUUGGUUCAUCUAGUCACACACAAACGCCUGGACAACAUCCUGGACAGACUGCGGCUUUGCAUAGAGAAAGCUUGCUUGCAUGGAAUGUACAAAAUAUGCAACCGACAAACCAUCGGACUCACAGAAGUUGAGCUUACCCAGUUAGUAGUGGACGGGGUCAACCUUCUCAUCAGAAUGGAGAAGAGACUGGAGAACAAUGAGGGCUUUGAUGAUUUGGUGCCUGCACAGAAGUAGAGUGGCCAUAAUGGAAGAGCCAAGAAGUGGACAAUCAUCGGUUUGUGCUUAAUUCUGAGACCAUAAGGGUCAAACAUAAGGGUCAGAUGUCAAAUCUGAACAUGGUUAAUGUCACACUCAAGACCACAAUCAGCCUGUUUUGUGAAAGUGAUGCCUUUUUGAGAAACCUUUCAGAAAAGCCUAACUGAAUAUUAUUGGAGUGGUCUGCCACACAUCUUAGCCUUGUAGCAUGUAAUUUGUAAUCACAAAUGUGUGCACUUGUGAGAUCCUCUGGUGUGGCUUUCUUCUCUUUCAGUGUUGCUUACAAAAGGAACUCAUGCCAAUAGCUUCCCAUCUUAUAGAAUCUUUAGACUGCUAAACGUGACUUUAUAUCACCUGCAGAAUAAUUAAAGUAUACAGCCUACUGGCCCUAAACUAUGUUAUGUGUUUGAAAAUCAGAACACCAACACAUGUUGGGUAUAAACACAGAAACAUCAAUAAAAAAAGCACACAAUACAUUUUGGCUCAAAAACUCCUUUCAAGUAAGCUUUAAUGUGCACCAGUGAGACCAAAUCUUGAUGACCUAAUCAGACUUUUCUGAGAAAUGUGUUGAGAAAAAGGGUUAUGGGGGCAUGAGGGUGAAAUGACUGGAUAAGAGUUGUUGGGCACAGGAAGGUUAUUUGCAUUUUAAGUAAAAUUCUUCUGCCUUUUUCACACCACUCAAGCAGUUCCAUCACUAAGGCAGCAUAAUCAAGCAUCUGCUCGGGAAAUGUACCGCUACAAUAUGGGAUACAAUGCUUCCAAGUGUCUGAUCACAGCUUAAA